UGGUACACACGAUGCACGUGCAAGUCCGCGACGGUCUGCUGGAGGGGGAAGUGUUGGAUAAUGUGCUCGGAGGACAGUACUACAGUUUCAAGGGCAUCCCGUAUGCUGCACCUCCAGUAGGAGACCUGCGAUUCAAGGCACCGCAACCAGUCAUUCCUUGGGAUGGAGUCCGCAGCGCUAAAGCCCACGGACCGAUCUGCCAUCAGUUUGACAUGUUCACUGGAAAGCUGUGCACAGAACCAAGCAGCGAAGACUGCCUCUACCUCAAUGUGUACUCGCCUGAUCUCCAGCCUAAAAAACCUCUUCCAGUAAUGUUUUGGAUCCAUGGCGGCGGUUUCUUAAGUGGCAGCGGGAACACAAGCUACUAUGGACCCGAUUUCCUCGUCAAUCAAAAUGUUGUCCUUGUAACUUUUAAUUACAGACUAGCCGUAGUAGGAUUCUUAUGCCUGCACACAAAAGAAGUACCAGGAAACGCCGGUAUGAAAGAUCAAGUAGCUGCUCUUAAGUGGGUGAAAGACAACAUAAGGCAUUUUGGCGGAGAUCCUGAUAAUGUAACUAUUUUUGGAGAAAGCGCCGGUGCAGCGUCGGUCACCUACCACCUGGUGUCCCCGAUGUCCAAAGGGCUGUUCAAGCGAGCUAUUGCGCAGAGUGGCGUGAAUUUGAGUCAUUGGGCUCAAGCGUUUGAGCCCCGAUUGAGAGCAGAGGCCAUAGCUCGUUCAUUCGGUAAAGAUACCAAGGACGACGAAGAACUCUACGAAUUAUUUAAAUCUCUGCCAAUCGAAAAGAUAACAAACCCCUUUGCACCUCUUACGCUCGAGGAAGAAGCUGGGAUACGUAACAAUGGAAGUUUAGCUAUAGUUGAUGAAAAAGAAUUUGAUGGAGUUGAAAGAUUUUUCUUCGGCGAUGUUUAUGAACGACUAAAAAACGGUAUACAUGAUGGAGUCGAACUCAUGGAGGGUUAUACGACUGAUGAAGGAGUUAUUCAGUUUGCGUUUUCCCCAAAAGAUAAUUUCUUUGACAAAUAUAACAACUACGUACAGUGCCUCGUUCCGCAAGAUUUGGCUAUGAAAUGCUCAGUGAAAGAUCAACUGGCUAUCGGUCAAAAAGUAAAAGAGCAUUACUUCAGCGAUAAACCGAUUACAACAGAUAAUAUAGAAGCUCUGAUAAAAUACUUUUCAAUGCAUUUUAGCUAUAAUGUUAUUCGAUAUGCUAAAAUCUUCGCUCACAAGGAUACGAAUAAGUUAUUUUUCUACCAAUUUGAUAUGUACUCUGAAAGAAACAUUUGGACCGAACAAUUCGGAGGAAGAUUUGACAUAAAAGGGAAGAGUGUCUGCCAUUGCGAUGAUUUACCUUAUUUGUUCAGCACUGAGAAAGUAAAAGCACCACUAACUUCUGAGGCUACUCAACUUAUUCAAAAUAUGACAAAAUUGUGGACCAACUUUGCUAAAUUCGGUGAUCCCACUCCGGACAGCAGCCUGGGGGUCAAAUGGCCCGCGUUCGACCCCAAGAAGGAGCAGUACCUGAUCAUCGGCAAUGACCUCGUCGUGGCGUCACACCCAAACGAAGAAGAGUACCAGUUCUGGGAGAAACUACACCAACAAUAUCUUCAAUAAUAGACGUGUCGUAAAACCUCAUAAGUGUUAUCCAAAUAUUAUUACAUUUAUUUAUUAGUUUGAGGGCAAGAAUUAGUUGAAUGUCGCUGUUGUUAGUUGAGGGAUGAAUGGAAAAGGGCACAUGACCUGGGGGCUGAUUUUUGAAUCUCGGCCAUUCGAAUUCAUGAAAUUCAUUCAAUAAUAUCUCCACUACUAGCGAUAUAAAUUCUACUAACAGAAUCGAAAACGA